UUGGGAUAGACAGCGAACUAUCGACUACAUGUUGAAGUACACGGCGGAAACACGCGCUUCCAUUGAAAACGAGGUCGACAGGUACAUCACGUGGCCAGGUCAAGCACUUGCCUACAAAAUAGGCGAGCUGAAGAUAAGACAGUUACGAGAAAAGGCGCAGCAAGUCCUCGAGAAUAGCUGGUCCUUGUGAAAACCAUGACUACUUCAUGAACGAAGUCUGCGAACCGACGAGACGGUACUCAAAGAAAUGUGUCAUAGCCUACUGUCCAUCACCUCCAAAUGUUACACACGCCAAGGCUGACUUCGUCAUAACCCACGAGAUGACCAAAGUCGGAAGUAGUCUGCCUUACACUUGUGCUGUUAACUUCCACCCAGUUGGUAGUAGCAUCUGUCUCCCAGACGGAAUGUGGUCCGAGUUCAGAUGUGAAUCUGAAGAAUGUCCAGUCAACGACGCGUACACGCUGCUUGACAAACAGAAUUUAUGCUUCAAGGUUUCCACUUCAUUCGAAAAAGCACGUGACCACUGCCGCCAAUCAGGUGGCAGAUUGAUAAUUUUAGACUCAGAGGAGAAAAAUAACGCUAUCUUGGACAACAUCAUUACAAAUGAGAAAGAUCCAAGCGUAUACACCAUUGGCCUGACAGACGAACAGACAGAGAACGUGUUUGUUUGAGAAAAUGGAAACGUCGCCCACUUUACAAAGUGGAAACUUGGAGAGCCAAAUAGUUUGCGUGGCGAUGAAGACUGCGUGGCGCUGAGAACGAGUGACGGGUCAUGGGUGGACUAUGACUGCGGACAGAAGAAGAAAUACAUCUGUGAAAGACCUCUCUGAUAUGGUGGAGCAACAAGCCGCGGUGGUUAAGCCGUCGGAUUUUAAAGCUGACAGGUACUGGGUUUGCAUCUCGGUACCGGCGUCCAUUUAGAGCAAGGCAACAACACUGACGUCUCUCUCACUAACCACCACACCAACAUCUAAGCACUAACCUGCUAUCCUGGACAGACAGACACAAUAAUAUAUGUGUGUACCCAGGAUAGUGUGCUUGGACCUUAGAUAUCAGAACGAAAAUAAAUUGAAAAAAAAAUCA